AUGUCCGCGCGCUCGCUCGCUCGCGCCACCUUUCGCGGGUUUCUCCGAGCCUCCCGCGUCCUGGACGAACAGCUCUCGCGAACCCAAGCGAGCCAAGCGAGCGAGGUUUUCACCGAGCGAGAACACGAGGAGCUCACGGAAAUCUUACCUCGAGUUUUCGAGCGUUUAAAGGGGCGAACGGUCGCCGAUGUCGCUCGAGAGGAGUACCGGGCGGCGUCGGCGAGCGAAGAGCAUCUGAGCGAUCGUUUGGAUGCCGCUUUACGGGCUUUACGGACGCUGAGGAUGCGAUUGGAACGGAUGCGGGUCAUGGCGCCGAGUCCGUGUAGCGACGCGACGACGCGAGGGGUCAGAGUAAGGGUCAAAGCGUCCUUGGUCCCGGCGCAGACGGCGCCGGUGAUGGAGAGAUACGUGUACGCGUACGAGGUGGAGAUCGAGAACGAGAACGAGGAGGCGGUACAGGUGGUUUCGCGGAGGUGGAGAGUCGUGGACGAGGAUGGGAACGCGGAGGAGAUCGAGGGGAGUGGCGUCGUCGGCGAACAACCGACGCUCGCGAAGGGUGAGAAAUUUUCGUACACAUCUGCGACUGUCCUGAAACGCAUCCGCGGAUCGAUGAGCGGAACAUACGUGUGCGUCUCGCAGGAGACGAAGGAAGUUUUCGAAGCUGAGAUCGCCCCGUUCGCGCUCACGCCGCCGCGUUUCACCAAAGAGGACGCCGCCGCGGAUUCUGAGGACGACGAGGACGACGACAUUGCGGCGCUUACGCGCGAAUCUGCCCCGCUCUAA